UUUGCAAGGGAGGUACCAAAAGCAAUUGUCAUUUGUGAGAAAAUGAUCAACACAUUGAUCUUUGUUUUGUGUUUAGUGAUAGGUGGUGCAAGCCCUACAGUUCACUGUAUUCAAGAUACACUUAAGGGGGAUAAGAAAUUGGAAGAACAACUAAAACUCGUUGACAAGUCUCCUAUCAAAACUAUUCAUACAAAGUAUGGAGAUAUUGUUGAUUGUAUUGAUAUUAACAAACAAUCAGCAUUUGAUCAUCCUCUAUUAAAGGAUCAUGAAUUACAGAGAGAACCAAGUUUUCAAAAGCCAACCGAAAAAUCAAGUACGAAUAAUUUACCCAAUAGAUCCAUAUUUGGACAUGAUGGAAAUCAAUGUUCAAAAGGAACGGUUCCUAUUCGGAGAACAAAAAUUGAAGAUCUCAUUCGCCAACAAAGUUUAUUAAAUAGUAGUAUUUUUGUUCAAGGUAUCCCUGGUGUUCACCUUGCAGAAAUAGCUCUUUCUUCAAAAUAUGGUCCAUUCUAUGGAGUUAAAGGACGAAAUAGCGUUUAUAAACCGUUCGUCACUAAGGGUCAAAUAUCACUUUCUCAUUUAUGGGUUCAAAACGGACCUGUAGAAACUAACGACAAAAUCAGUCUCGGUUGGCAUGUGUGUCCGGAGUUGUACGGUGACUAUGAAUCCCAUUUAUAUGCAUCAUGGACGAGAGACAAUUACCAUAAGACGGGAUGCUACAAUCUUGUCUGUCCAGGUUUUGUUCAGACUCAUGAUGCUAUUUAUCUGGGUGAACCUUUUACAAUUGUAUCUUCUUAUGGUGGACCAACUUUUGAUUUUCUCACUUCUAUUACUCGGGAUCCAUUGACCAAAAACUGGUGGCUACGAGUGAAAAAUCAUUAUAUCGGAUAUUAUCCUGCCGAAUUGUUCUCGAACAUGACUACGGCAAAUAAAGUAGGAUGGGGUGGAAGGACAGUAACUCCUCAUGGUACUCUUAGUCCUCCGAUGGGAUCUGGACAUUUUUCUGUAUUGGACUUUAAUCAUGCAAGUUAUUUUAGGCUAAUAGCUUAUAGAAAUACGUCAAAAAAAAGUUAUGGACCUAAACACUACCAACUAGAAAAAUAUGUCGAUAAACCUGAUUGUUAUAAUCUUUUUUACUAUGAUAAUCUUCGAGAAAACCUUCAGAAUUCUAUAUUUUAUGGAGGACCAGGUGGUAAUUGUGGUGAUUGAUUAAUUGUCUUUUUGAUAUGA